CUGUCAACUUUUGACAGUUGCAAGUAUCGUGUGGAUGGUGGUCUGCCGGUCGGGCUAGUUGUGCAUUUUAUUUUGCUAAUUCCAAUAAAAAACUCAUAGCUAUGGGUGAUCCUGACAUGUUAUACGGUACAACACUAUCUGCAGAAUCGAUAAAAGUGAUAGCUGAGAGCAUUGGCGUUGGAUCCUUACCAGAUGAUGGAGCCAAAGAACUAGCCGAGGAUGUCUCAUAUAAACUAAAGAAAAUUGUCCAAGACGCUGCUAAAUUCAUGCAUCACGCGAAACGUUCAAAACUAAAUAUUGCUGAUAUCGAUGCAGCGCUUAAGGUCCGUAAUAUCGAACCCCAGUACGGUUUCACCUCAAACGACUUCAUCCCAUUCCGAUUCGCAUCUGGUGGUGGCCGCGAACUGCACUUUAUUGAAGAGAAGGAAAUUGAUUUGAGUGAAAUCAUCCAAGGAGCACCUCCGAAGAUCCCUUUAGAAGUUACGCUACGUGCUCAUUGGCUUUGUGUAGAUGGCAUUCAACCCACAGUGCCCGAAAACCCGCCACCUCUGUCGAAGGAGUCACAAGCUCUGGACUCUGUCAAUCCAGUCGUGAAACUCGAACAAGGAAUGACUAAGGAUACGGCCGGCAAACCGGCGACCGGAAAGCUCCACAAAUUGAAGAAUGUGGAAACGGUUCAUGUGAAACAGUUGGCGACACACGAACUUUCCGUCGAGCAACAGUUGUACUACAAGGAAAUCACGGAAGCGUGCGUAGGGUCGGACGAGCCGCGAAGGGGCGAAGCACUGCAGUCACUGGCUACCGAUCCGGGUCUGCACGAAAUGCUGCCAAGAAUGUGCACUUUUAUCGCGGAAGGUGUGAAGGUGAACGUCGUGCAAAACAAUCUCGCGCUUUUGAUCUAUUUGAUGCGAAUGGUGAAGGCGCUCCUGGACAACCCCGCUUUGUACUUGGAAAAAUAUCUCCACGAACUCAUUCCAUCAGUUUCCACUUGUAUCGUGUCAAAGCAACUUUGCAUGCGUCCAGAACUCGACAACCAUUGGGCCCUGCGAGACUUUGCUGCACGUCUCAUGUGGCAAAUAUGCAAGAAUUUCAAUACGUCUACGAACAAUCUGCAAACAAGAGUCACAAGAAUAUUCAGCACAGCCCUACAAAACGAAAAAACACCACUAUCUUCCCUCUACGGUGCCAUAGCCGGCCUUUCCGAGCUGGGCAGUGAAGUCAUCAAAGUGUUUAUCAUUCCGAGGCUGAAAUCGAUUUCGGAUCGGAUCGAGUCCCACCUUCAAGGGACGGCGCUAAGUAAUACGGACAAAAUUGCUGCGGGUCAUAUACGAGCGAUGUUGCAAAAAUGCUGUGCGCCCGUGUUGAAAACGAUAAGGAAUCCACCGGAUAUUGUGGAGGAGUACAAACGCGAUUAUGGUUUUCUGGGUCCAACUUUACAUCAAGCUGUAGUGAAAGCACGCAAUGCCCCGCAAGUUAUUCCAUCUACAAGCAUCAAUAGCAUUUCUAAUAACUCAGCUGUUACCAUUGUUAAUGCGCCUAUAGCUGCUGCUGCCACUGCUUCAACUUUAAAUCGAAAUCAAGGUCCACUCAUAUCAUCCAGAGCAGGCUCCAUUGAAUUUUUCAGUUCCGCGCAAACAAUCAGCCCUCAAAUUCAAAGGCAGGUGUCACAGACUCAAAAUCAACCAGGCCAGCAACAGAAAUAUGUCAUAGUUACACAAAGACCAUCUACUCCACAGUCAGGACUACAACAGUCGCAAAUGUCUUCAGGGUUGCAACAAAACGGAAGCAAUCCUAUCAAAUUCCAACACAGCACAUCGUUACAGGGCUCAGCAUCGACAGUUUAUUGCAAUACUUCAUCUGUGGAGCAAGUGGGACCUCCCGAGCUGGACGAUUUGUCACAUUUAGAGUGAUUGUACGUACAAUAAGGUUACUUUGUAAGGUAUGUGUUAUGUGAAUAAGAUAGUAAUGUUAAGAUUACAAUUAGUUAUAUGAAAACAAUUAUUUUGUUAGAGGCGAUGAGAUAUGUAGUAAAGAAAUUAUAUGUUUACAUGUUUUCACAAAAAGAUUUUCAGUUGUCAAAUCAAGGAUAAUGAUGAAUAUAUGUUUUGGUUGUUAUUUUCGAAAUUUGAAUUUCGUAUAGUUCUAGUAGUCAUUAUUCUCGCCAGAAUGAUUAUUGAUUUUGUACUACUUGAGAAUAAAUUUAAUAUUUAAAACA